AUGGAAUUAAUAAAUAAAACAAUUAUAUUUGUGCUAUUGCUAUGUGUGGAAAUAGUGGUGGGUCGCCACACUGCAGAUCCUACAAUAUCGGAGGCAACUAUCUCGGAUAACAGUGGCAAUUCAGCAGAUGAAAAUAGCACCAUCACUUGGGUUAGCUCUUCGUCCACUGUUGACUAUAAAGCAGAUGACUUGUCCUACUCUGAUGGUGGAUUGACCACUUUAAAUAGCAUGGCCAAGGGAUUUGUUAAUCUAUGCUUUCCAGGAGGCUUUCCAUGGGAAGCUGUUGAUAAAGUGAUGGAUGGUACACUUAUGGAUGAUGUUUCAAGCAAUUGGCAAUCUUACGCUUCUCAGUUUGCAGGGUAUGUUACAUGUAUAGUGAUAGGAUUACUGUUCAUCAUACUGUUCCCUCUCAUUGGAUGCUGCUUUUGUUGCUGUCGCUGCUGUGGUUGUUGUGGUGGUAAAAUGAUGCAGAGAAGGGAGGAUGCCGAGUCUUCUUGUCGGCGGAAAGUUUAUGUUGUGUGCCUUUUCAUAGUCAUCAUUUUCACAGCGUCUGGAAUGGCAUGUGUGUUCAUUUCCAAUGACCAGUUUACAAAGACUGUGGAUACCCUAGACACAAGUGUUGCUAAUACUGUGGAUGACCUGUUUACAUUUAUAAAUGCCACAAUUGAUCAAAUAGAGCUUCUAGUGAAAGACAAUUUCAACUUCACUACAGAUGUCGUCAAGCGAGAUUUAGAUAGUGUAGGGUACCUGUUAGGUGUACCACUCCGAGAUGCAAUAGGUGUGGACUCGGGUUUAGAUGCCUGCUUUCAAACUGCUUACACACUUGUGGGAUUGGCUGACAAUGCUACAACAGACCUGGCGCAAGUUAAUACCUCAUUGGCUGCAGUAGACUCAGCCUUCAGUGAUUUGAGUACAGCUCUAACAAAUUUUAAAGCAAGCCUUGAUACCACCUUGUCCAGCUGUAAUUCUAUACAGGCUGCAUGUGAUGCCAUUGAUACCACCAGCCUUGCAACUGAUAUGAAUGCAAACUCUCUGCCAGACAUCUCCUCACAACUCUCUAAAGCGGAUGAUAUAAAAAAUGCCAAUAUGACUUCUAAAGUUCUGGAAGCUGAAGAAGAUUUCUGGCAAAUUCCAUGGAGAGUUCACAAUGAAACUAACAGCACAAUUGCAACAAUUAAAGACAAGAUUGAUGAGUUUUCCGAUCUGGUCAACCCUAUCGUCGAUUCCUUAUCUUCAGUGAGAUCCUCUGUUUUGUCAUCUUUUGACUCUGAUGCUUUACUAAGCGACUUCUCAACAUAUAUGACCACAGCACGAACAUACAAUCAGUACAGAUGGUAUGGAGGUGUUGGUUUGACUUGCAUUGUGCUGCUUGUUGUUGUCCUUCAACUACUAGGCCUUGUGUUUGCUUUGAUUGGCUAUGAUAGCAACACUGUACCAACUGAACGAGGAUGCAUGUCAAACUCUGGAGGACAAAUGUUCAUGGCGUCGGUUGGAUUUGUUUUCAUUUUUUCUUCACUGCUGAUGUUAUUGACCUCUCUUACCUACCUUAUUGGAGCACCUUUGGAAAGAUUUGUCUGUCAACCACUCACAGAUGCAGAAAUGACAGACCUUGACAGGUUGGUUGAUGAAAUUGCCUACAAACAGAUGUAUGGAGGAACUGGAUCAUUGCUGGGAAAUAUGCUCUACAGCAAUUCUACCUAUGAUAUUCCUGUCUCAGGGUUUCUUAAAGAUUGUCAAGCCAGUAAGACUGUAUACGCUGCCUUGAAGGCUGAUACCUAUGUCAACACAUCACAGAUAGACAACUAUAGAACAGAAUUUGACAUUGAGUCGGAGCUGGAUAAGAUUGAUGAUGCUGUUGACUUCACCAGUAUUAGUAUUCUGACACCAGACCUGUUAUCUAACCUGGAGGAUACAAAAACAGCCGUGGAUAUUGAUUUUUCUUCCUAUCAAUCAGAGCUUAACAAAGACCUUACACAGACUAACUUGACAGAAUUUGCAGAUAGUUUGAGAACUUUGGCUACUACAGCUGGUUCCAGUGGAGAAGCUGUACUACAAGUCAACUUAAACAAUCAUGCUAACACACUGGAUAGCAUACAGAGUACAGAAGUGGCUGCCUUACAGGAGGCUGUGGCAAAUCUUACAACUGACUUAAAUACAAUGGAAGCAACAGUCAAUGGCACAGCAGCUAAGGUAGAUGAAGUAAUUGAUUGCCUAAACAAGACGGAGCAAUAUAUACAAGCCAACACUUCAUCUCUUCUCACUUCGCUUGCAUCUAGUUUUGCAAACAGGAUAUUUGCUACCAUUGAUUCCUUCAUUAGCAAACUCUUCACUGCUCUGAGAUCUGAAUUGGGGAAAUGUGACCCUAUAUGGAAUUUAUACAACAACUUGUUUGUUAUAACCUUAUGUGGAUAUACUGUGGAUACUUUGAAUGGAUUUUGGUUUGGCAUGGGAUGGUGUAUAUUUUUCUUCAUUCCAAGUAUCAUAUUUGCUGUCAAACUUGCCAAACACUUCCGUCGAAUGCAGGAAUUGGAACCUGAAGAAAAUCUGGAGGACCAUACAGAUUUCAAUGAGAAACAUUCAUUGGCUGAGUUCAAAAGUGCUGAUCUUAAGCAAAGAUCUUUCUCAGAGGCAAACUAUGAUCAGAUAGCACAUACAUUUUCACAACCAGGAUCGGCUAACAACAAAUCACGUCCACCCUCUGCUCUCAGCAACAAAUCCCAAAAUGAAAAAUUAUCCACACACUCUGCAUUUACUCACAUAUCUGACAAGGUCAGAUCGCGUCCUGCCUCUGCAACAAGUAAAAAUUCAAAUGAUGCUAGACCUGUAUUCAAAGGGUUCCAUUUUGAUAAUGUUGUCAAACCAAUUAAAAGAAACAAAGUGGGUCAUGCCGAUGAACCGGAAAAGAAUGGUCCAAACUUCCAGGCGUACGCCGCAGUAGAUUGGUAG